UAAAUUUUCCAAAAUCUGUCCGGGCGUUUUCUGCAUUGGGAGUAACUUAAAAUUCCGUCCCCUCAUUCUUAUAGUACGAACACUGGGAGUUGACCAGAUGGUGUGGACCUUUCUAUUCUUAAAAGAAAUUUGUAUGAUGACGGAGUAGUACCAAAAUUUUAAGAACUACAUUUCAGUUAGAAAACGAGAAGCCACAUUCAACCUACGGACGACCGCCACUAUUCAAGAUUAAUCAAACUAGCCCUACACCAUUAAAGGAAAUUAAUCGGGAAAUAAAGCUUUUUGUUCCUAAGCACUGUCAGGAAGUAUUUUAUAACCGAAUGGCUCAUCAAAAUUGGUAUUUACAAAAACAACUGGAACGCACAACUGGAUGCAAAAUCCAUGUACGUAUUGAAGGAAGUGAAAUGCAUGUUGUCAUAGAGGUAAGUAUAAAAUUAAAUUUAAGUAUUAAAAUUAAAAAAACUGAGUAUGUAUUAUAA